UCUAUCUGAUUAUAGCUGAAGAUCGCCAAGACGCAAACGCCAAACGUCGUAAGUUGGAGAUGCAAAACGGAAAAACUGUCACUGUUGGACUUCCCUCCUCUGUUUCCCAGACAGGUGGUCCGACACCUUCGAAUAACUCUGGCUCUCAUCCAGUGCACCCUUCCCUUCCCCAGCGUCCUGAUUUCGCUGCGAAUGCCGAUUCCAUUGGCCUGGGUGGUCCCCGAACAACACAGUCUCAACUAAACCUGUCUGCUGCGACACAGGCUUUGGCCGGUUCCAACCGUGACGUUGUCGCUAACAUCCGUGCCAUUCGAAUGGCAAACAUGAGCGCCGCUGAAAUGCUCAAAGCUGAGCUUUCCGGAAAACCUGAUCUAUCACUUCCCGCGAAACCGCCAGCAACGGCUGAUGUACCUUCGGCAACUCUAGAUGCUUCUCGCAUGAGGUCACCUUCUUCCCGGCCCACUGCUACUAUUAUGCAGGUGGAUCCUUCGCUUAGCCAGGAUAUUUCCAUGGAAUCUAUCACGGAUGUUCCGCAAACAGACGAUGAUAGCGUUGUAGCUGGAACCAAACGCAAAGUGGAGGAAGGUCCUGAUGCUGAUGAUGACACUCUGCCUGAUGAGGAAGAGGAAGAUCCAGCGAAUGACAACAUCUCCUCAUUAUCCUUUAAGGUCAAUGCCGACGGAAGCGUAGAUCAAGAAGAUACUGUGAAGUAUGUCAGGGCCUAGAUUUCAUCAAUCGCAGUGCUAAGCAUUUUAUUGUAGGUUGUGGGAGCCCGGUCAUAAGGAACGGUAUUACCGCCAAAAGUUUGGGGUGGAACUAUCCGAUAUGGAGUUCAAGAAAGCGUACGUUUCGUGUUACGAAAGUAUUCAAUCAAUUCACACUCUAUUCCAGCCUAGUCAAAAAU